AUGAACAAAUCUAUCGUUCUGAUCUGUGCUGUGUGCUUGGUGAUUAUUGAGGCCCGACCGAAAUGGCAGUUUCUACCUCCAGUACCCGGCUACGUGCCUGUAUACAUAAGAACUGGGGACACACCACUGGAAGAAAUCAACCCUGAUCUAGCAGAAGCCUUCCACGCCCUCCCUGCGGGACGAAGCUCAUACAAGCUACUUGAUGCCUCUCCUGAAAUACCAGAACAAGCCGACCAACCCCAGCCGGAGCCUGUUUUGGAACCAGAGGAUUCAACAGUAGACCGCCGUCCAUACGAAAAAAAAUUCCUAGACAAAAAGAAGAAAGCGACUGAAGUACUGAAACCUUUUGAACGCAGAUAG